AUGAGCGAUUUCAACAACCGCGACGCUAGCCAAAAGGUUAAUCCAAAUGGUGAUGGCCCAGUUCGGCAGGAAAAAGGCCCCUUCCAGCGGAAUCGGCCUACGAGCUCUCGUCCUACCGUAAGCCGCUGGAGCUUGAACGAGGCUAUCACCAAUAUCUCCUCCCUUUUUCACAGUACGCGCCACCGGACUCUAGUCCGCAGCAGUAUCCUCCGCGAUAUCGUUCUUUGCAAUAUCCGACUCCACAGCAUCUGCCUCUGCCAAACAUGGCUGCAAUCAACGCGCAUCAAGGGCAGGGCCUUUAUCAUCUUCUUCCGCCGCCGAGGACGUUCCGCCGUCAUGCACAGGCGUCAGCUCAAGCACCGCAUGGCUUUUACAAAGCAGCAGCUCCGCGACAGCGAACGGCAAUUGCCUGUCGGCACUGUCGGCAUCGCAAGAUCCGCUGUUCUGGGUUCGAAACCUCUGCAGAUGGGCGGUGCAUCAACUGUAUUCGCUCAAACCAUAGUUGCAUUUUCACUCCAGUUUAUUCGCAAACACAAGCCUUUGUGCCCGCGCACGCUGUCUAUCCCCAUUUACGAAAUGGACUGA